AUGGUUACAUCGAGGCUGAUCCGGACGGCCCACUAUUCUAGAUAUAACCUUGAUACCACUUCCUCAAUUGCUCUCUACGUAGAAGAGUAUGAUCGCCGGAGGGUAGCCCAGGGCCAGAGUCUCGUCGCCGACGAUGCACGAGAAGUUGGAAGAACAGAAAAACAGAAAGGAAAGGGACCGUUUAUCACUAACCAGUCAGUCAUCUCAACUACUCCAUCGAGCACCAUUGAAUUACUCGAUCCCCCAUAUAUCAAGGCAUUAAGACUAUAUACUUUACAGCUUAAAACUACUCCGUACUCAGCGCAGAGGGACAACCGUGAAGCUGUCAGCGCUUCUGCUAAAGGUGCCCCUCACGAGCCCCGCCGCCUGGCUUCUCACUGGGAGACGCCGAUGGGCUCCUGGACCCUAGACUACCCCAAAGACGAAGGGCUCCUUCCAACCGUCCAACCUAAUGAACCAAGUUUAUUGACAUCUUCCUCUCAUUGCCCGCAGUCCAAGCUGCAAAGAAUAUGGCUUGCGUCCUCUGGGCUACCAUCGGCGUCAACAAUCGACCCAAUGACUGUGAAUGAUGAACACAAUCGAUGCACAAGCCAGGGCCCAACAACCAUUAUGGGUGGCCACCCACCUCAUGAGGCACCUGAGCCAUUUUUUGGUGUUCACAGACCGCCGGCACCCAGCGGCAGCCCUCGCUUAGUUAUCCAAUCAGAGAUCGCUCUCACUAGCGGCAUUGCUAUAUUACCCGUUGAAAAGUAGUCCUCUUGCCUUCGGGCAUUUGGUCAAUUUGAAACGAUACAGAGAAGAUUAGCAUGGCCCCUGCACUAAGGAUGACACGCUCAAUCAAAGAGAAGCUACCAGUUUUUUU